AUGGUUUUCGGUCUCGAUCUUCGCUCGCUGUCGACGCCUUUGGACGCAGGAGACCCCGGCUCCAGUAACAUCAGUGAGCCAUUCCUAUUGGUAGCUGACAGGUAUGGAGAAAUCAUUCUCCAAGUUAACAUCACUUCCGGAUCGACCACCACGCUUCCGCUCGGAGAUGUAGGACAGCCCCGAGCCCUGGACCACGACCCGCUCACGGACUACGUGUACUGGUCAGAUAACCGGAACAAGAAAAUCCACCGGGCUCGUCGUGAUGGAAGUGGCAGGGAGACCAUCUUAGACAUCACCGGAGACCCCGGCUCCAGUAACAUCAGUGAGCCAUUCCUAUUGGUAGCUGACAGGUAUGGAGAAAUCAUUCUCCAAGUUAACAUCACUUCCGGAUCGACCACCACGCUUCCGCUCGGAGAUGUAGGACAGCCCCGAGCCCUGGACCACGACCCGCUCACGGACUACGUGUACUGGUCAGAUAACCGGAACAAGAAAAUCCACCGGGCUCGUCGUGAUGGAAGUGGCAGGGAGACCAUCUUAGACAUCACCGAGAAAUACAAUGUCCCUGGCCUGGCGUUGGACCACGCUAGAGGGGAUAUCUACUGGACUGAUUUUGGUGAAAAGACCAUCUCUGUAGCAAAGACGGAUGGAUCGUCAACUAGAACACUUCUGACGUCACCAGCCGUCAGCCUUCCUUAUGACCCGGUCCUGGACCCCAGGAAUGGACUCAUGUACUGGGCGGACGAUGGUAAUGACAGAAUUGCCCGUGCUGCGAUGGACGGCAGUAACCCAACCGCCAUCAUCACGGGCGUGUCUAGACCCCGCGCCGUUACAAUAGACUUUAGAGAGGACCGGCUGUACUACUCUGAUGGGCCCCGCAUAAACAGCUCAGACCUGCUGGGUAACGAUAUACAACAACUGCUGUAUGAAGACGGGAAGUGGGUGCGGGGGAUUGCUGUUGACGAGAACUACGUCUACUGGUCGUCUCAAUGGCGUGAUUCAUCAUACCAAGGGAAAGUCGGAAUGUUAUCCAAGUCAGACUUGACCAAGACUGUCCUGGUGGAGGGUCUGGUAUGGCCACGGGGCAUCCGCCUGUCCACGGCAGCGCCUCCUGGCGUCACCACUGCAACAACUGUGAAGACAAGCACAGCUCCAGUCACUACACCUUCGACUGCUGAGGGAAAAACUGCUCUGGUCAUCACACCUUCGACUGCUGAGGGAAACACUGCUCCGGUCAUCACACCUAUGACUGUGGAGCAAAGCACGGCUCCGGUCACUACGCUAUUGCAAGGCGGAUAUAAUGUUUCUGUAGGUUGUCCAGUGAGUUACACCUUACACGGGGAUUCGUGCUUCAAGGCGUACAACCAAGUCAAAACCUACAGUCAGGCCAGACAGGUGUGUGCAGCGGAUGGGGGGCUCCUCGCCAUGCCGAAGGACAGAGAAGUGGACGACUUCUUGUUGGACCUAAAGAACGCCGUGGAUACCAAUUCUCCUUUCUGGUUGGGCCUGAACAAUCAGAACGGAGAGGUAGGGUGGGCGUGGGAAGACGGGACUCCAUACAGCCCAGCCGCAGACUGGACUGGGUGGCAGCCCAGGGAACCCAACAGUAACGGAGAAGGCUGUGUCAACCACCUCGGGGCCGGAUGGAACGACGCGCCGUGCUCGUCCGCAUCCAACUUCAUCUGCCAGCUAAAGGACGCGAUCCGCUGCCCCCUCGGGUACUUCCGGUGCGGACACGGUCAUGCCUGCACCCUGACCUGGAGGCGGUGUGACGGGAGGACGGACUGUUCGGACGGGAGUGACGAGGACGGUUGUGAGUGCCUGCCGAUUCCUGUGGAUUUCAACCUCGGCGGUAGACUUACAAUGUUACCCAAUCAGCUGGACCAGACGACGUUUGAGGAGAUACAGAAUUCCUCUGCCGUGGACCUGCUCAACAGUUCGCCCACAAACGGACAGAACCGACAUCCCGAGUUCCGGGAAUUCGCAUCUACAGUGAUUUUCCCGCAAUGUGCUGUACCCAAAGAGAACGACACUACCUGCUCUUUGUCUCGUCAUGCAGACAACGCGACCUCUUGCAUGAACAAACCACUGCUACCGUGCCGUUCGUGGUGUGAGGAAGUCCUCAACAUGGCUGAUACCCGGAUGAAGAAGCGGUUCCCUACCUGUGACUUGUUUCCACCACCACAGCACGGCUGUUGGAACCCUGAACCAGCGACUAGGAACGGCGAAGUUUGCUACCACGGUGGCGGCAUGAACUACCGCGGCACACGGAGUACAGCCAAGUCCGGGGCAGAGUGUGUGAAGUGGUCCGCUGCGCAGGAAGGGUUCUACCCAGCCGCGUACCCCUGGGCCAACAUGGAUAACAACUACUGCCGUAACCCUACCGGUCUGGGGCCAUUUUGUCUGGUGGAAGAUGGCAGCCAGCAGGAAUGCGACGUCGUUUCCUGCAAGAUGUUUUGCUGCUGGGACAUCGGUCCUCCUGACUACGGCAAUAGAAGCCCUAUGAAGAGGUUCUACUACGUGGGAGAAAGGAUCGCCUUCACCUGCAACGAGGGGUACUACAUAAAGCCCGGGUAUCCUACCGAACUGAGAUGCGUCGAAGGAGGCUUCUGGCAGGAUAACAAGCCCAGUUGUUCAGUGAAUUUCGAGGAUAGUCUGAAAGCCGACCUGCUCGAUGUGUACAAUCUCAACCUGGCACCUGAGCCUGUUAGGCGUACCCAGCCUGAGAACCCUACCGGCACUGACAACCCUACCGACACGGACAACCCUAUUGUCGCUAGGGUUGUCCGCGACACUGACAACCCUACCAACACUGACAACCCUACCGACACGGACAACCCUAUUGGCGCUAGGGUAAUCUGGAAGGUAGAAACCCUGACCACCACCGUGUGUGAUGCGGACCCCUUCUACUUCCCUGCAGACACCAUGGAAUGCAACAUCUGCUUUGUUGCAUUUUCUGCAAUCAUCGAAUGCCAAGAUGGCAGUCCCUGUGGUGUCCUGUCUAACCAACAACUGGAGGGCGAAUGGUAUCGGAAGGACAUGAUCUUCGCAAAAGACAAGACGGAGGCAUGCUUCACUGUUCAGCUGGAGAGGAUCCCGCUGUUCCACAUCGCCACUACUGUUGGACCCUGUGUCAUCCUCGUGGCGCUGAUGGUCAUCACAUUCGUCAUGCCACUGGACAGGGGGGACCGGAUCUCGUUCGGAGUGACCAUUCAACUCUCCGUGGUCGUGUCUCUCGUGUUCGUGACGGAUGUGCUACCUGUCAAGGGGGCGCUGCCAUUUUUCGCCUCGCUGAUCGUCGUGUGCAUGGCGCUGAUGGGACUUUUCCUCUUCUUCACCAUGGCCAUCAUCACCAUUCAUGACAGGCAGGGGAGCCUGUCUCCAAUGGCGAAGACCUUCUUUCUCCGUUACAUGGCAAAGUGCCUACUGCUCGGAGAUCUGACAGAGAAGAAGGUUGCAAGCGACGAUGGAGAGACUGGUCCCAGCAGCAGGAAGCUGGCCUGGCCUGAGCGGACCAACCGCGUCUCUCCUGCCGAUGCCCCGGCCGUGGUCGACGUGCAAAGCCCGGCUGUUGUCCGCGAGACUGCCCGUCAGCCGUCCGAGCCGCCCACGCGCCUGGAGGCCGCGGUCUCACGCCUGGAGGUUGCCAUGUCCUCCGCCUCCCGUAACAUGGAGGAGCUGGCCGAGGCCAUGAAGAACGAGCAGGAGGUGUCAGACUACACCCUGCUGGCCAAGGUCCUGGACAGGCUCUGCCUUGUCAUGUACGUCAUCAGCAUUGCCGUGGCCGUGCCCAUGACCAUGUAUCUGGGCAAGUAAAUUACACUUGUGUAAACGUGCCUUAACACAACCAAAAAAAAAGUGCGACUUGAUUGUUAUGCUUUGAUUCAGCUUUAAGUAACAUGCAUGUGCAGCCAGGACACGCCCUUACAAGGGCUGUAGUUCUUUGAGAACUUUAGUAAGGUAGUAACCCCACUGGUGGAACAAACAAACUAAAUUUGCAUCUUUAGUAUGAUCAAUACCAUACGAAGGUGAAUGUGUGCAAUGGAGCUUAUAGCUCCUAUGGAGCAUAUAAAGCAGACAACAUAUAUAUCUAACCAG